CAAGGUAUGCACCGUCAACAAGGUAUUCCUAGUCAACAAGGUAUUCCUAGUCAACAAGGCAUGGCUUCUGGACAAGGUCUUUCUGGUGACCACCCUACAACAGCAUAUGAUAUUUCACCUAUGAAGUCCAAUGAUCAAUUUACUUCUGAAACAAUGUCUUCUACACGAUCUGAAUAUGGGUCUGACAACAGUAGCCGUCAUUCUCAAGCCAAUCGUCCUGUGGCAGACAAAGAGGCCUUUAUUCAACCUAACCAAUCCAAGCAACACUGGCAAAGUAACAUGAGUCCUGCCGAAAGAGCAAAGAAAUUGGCUGAUGAAAUGGACAAGAGUCUUGAACAAAGAAGAGCUAGUGCUGGAGAAGGCGACAAAAUGCUCAAGAUUGGUGGAAAGAAAGAAUACAAGCUUGAUUAAUAUUAUCUAUAUUUUUCGCAUUCUAUAGUAUAAAACCAUAUAAUAAAUAAUAGUAAUCA